AUGCCAUCAUUCGGUGUACUCAACAUUUGCCCCGGGAAACGAUGGAAUGAUUUUUAUGCAGGAGUGGAUCUGUUCAGACAUGAAAUCCUUCACAGUUUAGGUUUCGGCACACUCCUACCAUCUAAGGACUCCCAAAAAAGUCCACCGAACGUUAUGUAUAACUGGACCUAUCCAUGGAGUAUGAUGUCCAGAAAGCUGGCAAAGCGACGAUUCCUUGAUUUUGCUGGUGAAGCUGUAAAGGAGGCAAGAAGGCAUCUCGGUUGCGAAUCGCUAGUCGGAAUUGAGACGGACUCAGCUGAUAAGAUCCAUUUGAACGAAUACAUCUAUGGAAAUGAAUUGAUGACUCCUGUCCUCUCCAAUAUUUCAAAUCGUUUUUCAUAUAUUUCCGCUGCAAUACUAGAGGAAACCCAUCUUGGAGACAAGCAAUGGUACCGUGUUAAUCGUUCAGCGAUUCGCCACGAACACAAUGCGCUAUGGUACGGUAAAGGAUGGGGUUGUACGUUCGCUGAACGGAGUUGUUUCGAGUUUAUUGCUGAACGUAUCAGGGCAAGAAAGUCCACUUUCCCAUUCUGCUCGCAAAGCGACUACGAAUUCACUGAGAGAAAUUAUUUUCGUGUGAUUCCAACAUCCAGGAAUCAACUUAGAUACAGAAUGAAAUGCUGGUCUGGCCCAAUGAUCAACGACACCGCAGCUGAUAACGGAAUCCUGCCUUACUCUCUAUCCAAGGAUCCGGAUUCCUUUCUUCGUCAUCGCAUUGGAUCAUUUUCGAUUCUCAGAUUCUGUCCGGUAGUAGCGGCUUUUGCAAAGGACCGUAUAGAUUUGCCAUUGGGUGCUAUUAUUACUUGA